AUUAGCAAAUACUGGAUUAUGGCCAUUUUUAUUAAAAUAAAGCAUAAUUUAAAUGUUAAAAACAGGGCGGGUUCGAACUCUAGACUCUCUAAGGGCCUUCCUCCCUCCAGCCCCUCGGCUUCUGCGUGCCAGCGCAAGCGCGCGUCUGGGGCUCCGCGCAGAGCCCCUACGAGACGUACCCGCGGACCGGCGCGCACGGGACUCCAUGCUCGGAGGACGAGCGCGCACGCAGCGGUGCGAACUCAGCGGCGCGGCGUUGGUGGCAGCGACGUCACAGGCCGAGCUUUCCUUUUCGGGAGUCCCCGGCACACAUCCUGUGUCCAUGUUUGGUCAUUUACGUCACGGCGGCAGGGCUGGGGCCUCCCGAAAUGGCAGUGGCCGGGGGAGUCGGAAGCCCGGAGCCAGCGCCGCCGCAGCUAUAUAAGUGAGGGAACUGUGGGUUGGGGGAGCCCUACUGCGCUUUGGAGAGGCGAGGAUCCGCUGCCCGAGGCCGGUGCGCGCGAGCCAGGGCGCCGCGGUCCCUCAACCCGUGGCCCGGAGCUGAGUGCCGGGAGCCAGAAGCUCGGGCGCCCGGGUCUCAGAGCUGUGGGGCGCCCAGACCUCUGGCCUUCCCACCCGCUGCGCGCGCCCCAGCACAGCAGGAGAGGCCCCAAGCGCCCCGCCUCCGCCGCGCCAUGCUCCACCUGAGCGAGUUCUCUAGCCCCGACGCGCUGCUCGCCAAGUCCGCGGAAGGCUGUGGCGCUGAACCCAGCCCGGAACUGCCUAGGCUGCCCGCCAGGGACGCUCCCUCGGCCGCUGCCUAUCCCGGAGGCCGCCAGCGCCUCUGCGAGUACCAGCGCAUUCCUUGGCCUUGCACGUGUGUUUUGCGUGUGCAUGUUUUUGUGCGCGUCCUGGGACGUCUGUGGGCCCCUGCUGAAUUAGGGCGAGCAAUAGAAGUCCUGCAUGUGGCCGUGCGCCCCGAGGGUUCGGGUUCCGUGGGUCGCGGCUGCAAACUGAGAGGCACGCCCUUUGAGGUGCCCGGAGCUGACGCGUGCUCUCCCUCAGCAGGAGACUUCUUGAGCUGGGCUCUGAGCAGCUGCGGCGCCGGGGGGGACUUAGCGGACUCCUGCUUCCUGGAGGGCCGUGCGCCCACGCCCCCUCCGGGCCUCAGCUACAGCGGUAGCUUCUUCAUCCAGGCGGUUCCGGAGCACCCGCACGACCCGGAGGCACUCUUCAACCUCAUGUCGGGCAUCUUGGGCCUGGCACCCUUCCCUGGCCCCGAGGCUGCUGCGUCUCGGUCCCCGUUAGAUGCCCCUUUCCCUGCGGUCCCUGAUGCCCUGCUGCCGGCUCCGCCAGACCUUUACUCCCCGGAUCUGAGCUCGGCCGCCUUCUCGGAGGCGUUUUGGGAGGCUGCGCCUUCCGCCGGCGCCCCCUCGCAGUGCUUGUUCGAGCCUCAGCUCUCCCCGCCCGACGUUAAGCCGGGCGUGCGGCCCCCUCCAGUCUCCCCAGCGCUGGAAGCUGCCUCGGCCUUCAAAGGGCCCUAUGCGCCCUGGGAGCUGCUGUCCGUCGGGGCCGCAGGAAGCUGUGGGUCACAGGGAGGCUACCAGGGCACCCCCGAGGCUCGUUUCCCCUCGGUUGGGACCAAGAUCGAGGACCUGCUGUCCAUCAGCUGCCCCGCCGAGCUACCCUGUGCUGGCCCGGCCAACAGACUCUACCCGACCGGGGCCUACGACGCUUUCUCGCUGGCCCCAGGCGACUUAGGGGAGGGGACCGAGGUCCUCCCGGGGUUGCUGACCCCUCCCGCUGGGGAGGGAGGGAGUGGCGGCGAAGGCGGGGAGUUCCUAGCCGGCUCCCAGCCCCAGCUUUCCCCGCUGGGCCUUCGCAGCGCGGGCACCGCAGACUUCUCCAAGCCUCUGGUGGCGGAUAUCCCGCGGGGCAGCGGCCUGGCCGCGCAGCCCGUGUCGCCCCCGGCCAAGGCGCGGCGUAAGGGACGCCGGGGCGGCAAGUGCGGUGCGCGCUGCUUCUGCCCCCGGCCGCACUCCAAGGCCUUCUCCUGCCCGGUGGAGAGCUGCGUUCGGAGCUUCGCGCGCUCCGAUGAGCUCAAUCGCCACCUGCGUAUUCACACCGGCCACAAGCCCUUCCAGUGCCGCAUCUGCCUCCGCAACUUCAGCCGCAGCGACCACCUCACCACGCACGUGCGCACCCACACCGGCGAGAAGCCCUUCGCCUGCGACGUCUGUGGCCGCCGCUUCGCGCGCAGCGACGAAAAGAAACGGCACAGCAAGGUGCACCUGAAACAGAAGGCGCGCGCAGAGGAGCGCCUCAAAGGUCUUGGCUUUUACUCAUUGGGCCUCUCCUUCGCCGCGAUGUGAGCUGGAGCUGGCCCUGUAGGUCGGGGCGCCGGCACUCUGCGCAAGCGGCGAGAUCUGGCCGGUCCCCAUCCCCGCUGUUCUUCCCGCCUCUCCCCCGCACGCCCGGGGUGGCUCCAGUCCUUCCAGUUCCCUUGGAGCGCCCGCCGCACACGCCCUGUUCAGCACGGGAUAGCUCCCGCGUCCUGGCGCCUCCUUGCCAGCGUUUUGGGGACAGCCUUCUCAGGCCACAGAGUAGGCAUUCCCUUGGGACAGAAGAAAGCCCUUUGUAACUGGCAUACGCCCCACGCCCCCUCUCUAUCCCCUCCAGAGACAGGCUGGGGCUGCGCCGAGCCGGUCUCGCGCGAAACUUUGUACAGCAAUGUCGUUUCCAGCAAGCCCUUUGGAUGUGACGUUUUGCUUUGGGGUUAUUUCCUUUUUGUUGUUAAUUUUUGUAAAGCAGACGCUCCUCUCAAGCAGUUGACAAAACUGUUUAUUUUUGCAAUUAAAAUUAUUGUGCUAAAAGCUUA